AUGUUCAAGCGCGACGACGACCGGUGGAGCUCGUAUGUGCGAUACCUGUACGCGGGAUGGAGAUGGAGGAGCCCCGCAGAGCCUGAGGAUCGCGAGGAGCUGGUGCGAGGCUGGGAGCAGAUUGCCAGCAUCUCGGGGCCGUUUGCGAGGCAGUGCCCGCUUGAUCGGUUCCUGGACAUCUGCGAGCUUUCCCGGCACGAGUGGGAGCAGUUCACGGGGGUCGUGCCAUGCCGAGACACGGAGGGCGACGUCAAGGACGAAGAGCUUGGCUGGGCAGGAGACGCCUCGAGGAAGCGGCCGCGGGAGGCGAUGAUGUUUGAGGAGGAAGAGGAGUACGGGGAGGGGUUUCACAUCCCGCUGGGCAUGGAAGGGUGGGACGAUGGCGAGGAGAGGAGGGAGAAGCGGGCAACCUACACGGACAUCAGGAGGGAGGAAGGAGAAGGGGAGGAUGGGCAGAGGGCGAGGGGGAUAUGCGAGGAGAUCGAGGAAGCUCUGGCGGAGGAGAAGGGCAUCGAGCCCAGGGACAUUCAGAAGUACCUCUUUGGGUCCUGCCACAGAUAUCGAGGCGAGUUGGGAAGGCACAUGCCAAAUCAGUUGCCUCAAGCACGAGCAAGUGGAAGGAAGCAGCAAGGCAAAAGCUGCAUCAAGAUCUCUCGGAACGAACUGGAUAUGCUUGUCAUUCAACCAAGUUCAAAUCUGUGCUUUCUUCUCUUCUCGCAUCAGAAUGACGGAGGAUGGGUAUCGUCUCGCUCUCAAAGUCAUCACACGGAGCCAUACCAGAAGCUCUUCGGUCGCAUCGCCAUCUCUUGUCAGUUGGCUCUCCUCAAUGACGGCAGUCGCUCCGCGGCGAUUUGA